AUGUGUUCAAAGUACAGUACUGAAACCGCGGCCGAGGCGUUUACGAGGCUGAGCGCAAAAGUCGUACUGACUCUAUCGAUUCCAUUGUUCAAAAAACCAGUGAAACCAGGCGAGAUAUACCAAGUAUCAGGCGAAAGUGGUUCUGGCAAAACGCUGUUUCUGCUGGAUAUUGCGAAAGAAUGUAUACUGGACAAACAAAAUGGGGGCUUAGAGAUCGGAGUAGUGUUUAUUGCGUGCGGGAAAAGUUUCCCAUGGCUGACUUUUAUCGAAAUGCUUGAAGCUACGGUAAAAAAGAAAGCGGGCUCAUCAAAAUAUGGUCUGCUGGAAAAAAUCGUGAUGACGUGUCUGUCACGCUUCCAGUAUAUGGAGGUGUUAGACAGCGACGAGUUUACGCGAGGUUUGGCCCGCCUCGAACACAUCACUUUCGCGCACCCUAACCUAGCCCGUGUCUUGCUGAUCGACGAUGUGACUACGUUUUGCUGGCUGGAUAUUGAUCAUCUGACAGCGAAGCAGGGUGACCACUGUCGAAAGCUGAAGCGCUUCGUGACGGAACACAACACGGCGAUCUUUGCGGCGAAUCGCAUUAGUGGCGACUCGAGAAGCAAAAUUUACAAAAGCAAAGUCAACGGCUUGCUGCGCUACUGCUGGUCAAAAGUUAUUACAGACACAAUCACCUUAGCAGAGGAUAAAACAACGGGUCGAUUCAAAGCUUCGCUGAAAGAUCAAACCGUUUACUUCCAAAUCAAAGAUGAACGAAUAGAAUAUCAACGGAUGUAA